AUGGCUUCCGUUAAGAUGGAACACGGAACCAACCACCAGGUUAAAAAUUUUAAGCAUUUGAUGGCGCUGAAGCACCAAAGGGCCCAUAACCUGAUGGAGGUGGAAGAUUGUGCAAGCCUGGAAUCGGUAUUUGUGACAGCGAAUUCCGAACUGAAGUCAAUACUAGACACCAAUAUGAGCGAUAUGCCUUGUCCUUCAUCCUUCCUAGCGGAGCCUAGCCUCGGCACAGGAAUCAAAUUGUCUAUGAUCCAAGAUUUUAUUCCUAACGAGAUCCUUGGUUCUCUUCAGAGGAUUGGCCAAGAGGCCCUACCCGAUAUCGGCUGCGGGGUUAUUAUGCUGUGGGUUUAA